ACAGCACCAGUCUGAGCUGUGCAGAAACACGAGGGACAAACUUUACAACAACCAGCUCCAGAAAUGCCUCUCUCAGGUGCAGAGGAAACACACCAGCUUCCUUUCCUGGAAAAGACCUGCAGGAACCUCAUACUGUGUGAGUGAACAAAGGGAAAACACAUAAAUGUGGCCUCAGUAAUAACUCAUAAGUCUCCAAAAUGGCUGCCAUCACUGCUCAUUUUGUGACUGUGGAGCCUGCACUGGGCCUGGCAGAGGACUCAUGCUCUCUGCAGAUUAACAUCAUGUAUGAAGUCAUCCCCUCCAUCAUCUGCUCUGUGUGUCUUUCCUUUGGACUCAUCUACUCCUUUUUUGGAUACCGCUGUCUGAAGAUGGUUCUAUUCUUCUCUGGCUUCCUGUUUGGAUCAGCUGCUGUGCUCUUUGUGUACCAUAAGGAACCAGGUCUGGACUCCCACCUGAGCCUGGAGACGAAGGCAGGCAUUGGGUUGGGCGUGGGGGUCCUGUGUGGUCUCGUUACCAUGCUCGUCCCUGCCAUUGGAUAUAUACUAAGUGGACUACAGCUGGGCAGCCUGGUUUGCCUUUUUAUUCUUGUUUUGGUUGGACAGUUUUGGACGAUUUCUUCAGAACUGAUUUCUGUUGGAGCAAUAUUAGCCACAGGGAUUGUCACUGCUGUUUUCACGCUACUCUGGCAUAAACUGUUCAUGGUACUGUACACCAGUGUCUAUGGGGCGCUGACUGUUAUGCUCUGUGCAGAUUAUGUUAUUGGAACUUUAGCAUUGCCAGAUCAGGUGUAUGGGGUUUUUCAUCAUGGUUUUUCGGUUCACCCCCUCUGCUGGUUUGACUGGGCUGUGGCUGGGAUGUGCCCUCUACUCAGUCUAGUUGGGGGAGUGGUGCAGUGGAAGUGGACAGCAAGGGAAUUAUUACAACAAGAAGUUCUUCACAAGAAACAGAAGAAACAGGUCCAUAGGCACAGACACUUUGAGCAGACAGGAAGACGACCUUAUCGCAAACGCCGACCUCCACUGCUCAAACGCUACGCAGGCGAUGUGCUAGCUCCGAGUUACAUACAGAGUGUCCAGGAGCGGCGUUUGGGCACUGGCUCAUCCUGCAGCAGCGUCAGCACCAUCACUCACACUUUCAUCGACUUUGACUUUGAGACAGGAUCCAUGGUUCCUCUCACCACCUCCUCUCCUGUGUUUGCUGUCUGAGAAGAAAACACAGUGUCUCGCAAAACAUUAAAUUUGAAGAGACUUUGAAAUGUAGCGCUAUGGACCCCAUCCGGACAACUAAGGGAUUACAUGUUGCUGUGAUAUCUUCCAGUUGGGAGUAGUCAGUAAAGUAAGUAAAUAACCCAUUGAUUUUUCCCAAAGACUAUCCAAAAAAGUAAAGAAAUAAUAAAAAAAAAAAAAACAAUAGUUACUACACCUUUAAACUCUAAAUAUCAGAAUUUUUUAAAAAAAGAAAAAAAAAGAGAAA